UUUCGAAGUUCGUUUUAUAAUUAAUAGCUGACUGAAUUAUUUAUACUAUACUCGAUUAUAUUUUUUUUAUGAAUGCAAAUCGAAAAGACGAAAAUUAUUACUUCACGCGAGGUUCACCUGAUUGUUGACAGCUGCCACAGUCAUACAAGCUUACUCCUGAAGAAUUCACACACCCUUCGUGUUACCAGAAAGCUGGUUGCGCUUAUAGGGAACACAAGUCUUGUAACAAGUCUCAGGAUCAUGAUGACAAACAGGAGUACCAAUAUCUUUCGCAGCGUUUGGCAACAUGGUAAAAUCACUGUGGGUUACUGAUGUGUUUCGAUUCGUUACCUUCUUCAGUUAUAGAGAAUGACAAAAGCUGAGCAGAACAAUUUCAGUAUAUCUUGCUGAGCUAAAUUAAGUUAGUUUGGUGACUAACGAGAGACUGAUCAAUCCAGUGCUAAUCCAGUGAAAUUUGAAAAAGUACAACGCUGAAUAAACCAACCCACCAAACAGGAUACAAAGCGAAAAUGAUCUAUGAAACAUCGCGUCAAACAAACCAAACGAUUGCUCGUCUGAUGGAGAUAAACGUCAAGGGGAUAGCUCAACUGGUUCCUAUUGCAUUAGUCGUUCUUGUUGUAAACAUGUUAGUUUUCUUCGUUUUUCUCAAAACGAAAAAGCUAAGAACGCCAGCAAACUACGUUCUUUUUAGUUUGGCUGUUAACGACUUCAUGACUGGAGCACUGAAUAUUCCUCUGUUUAUCUUUGUGUUUUUCACUCCCAUCAUUUCAUCAAACACAGUGCGCUUUCACCUGGGGUUUCUUUUGACGGUUGUACAUACACUAACAGCAAUUAUAUCAGUUUAUCACAUAGCAAUCGCCACUUUGGAAAAGUACUUGUCCAUUAUCAGGCCAAUAACUCACCGUCUUAUCAAAAAAACAACAGUUAUAAAGGCUUUGCUAAUGGUUUGGUUCAUUUCCGCUGUCAUCGGAUUCAUUCCCUUUACAUGGAUUGAUAAAACUAAACAUCCUGAAGGAGCUAAGUACUUUAUAGGCUACAUCAUCUCCUGCUUUGUAGUGGUGUUUUUCUUUCCGUACAUAUUUAUGAUGUACGCCUUUGUCAAGAUUUUUAGGGCCAUUGCCAGUGGCGCAGGACAAAGUGGAACGAACGAAACGAAAGAAAGGCACAAAAAGAAACUUGCUCGAGAGAGGAAGAGCAUUUUGCUAUUUGUUACAAUGGCAACUGCAUUUUCAAUUUGCUGGUUUCCAUGGUUUUUAUUACAGUUACUAUACUGGCAAAAAAUUGAACCUGAAGCUCUUGAAAUGCCAGCCCAUGUUUUUACUCUUGUCAGGUAUCUAACAUCUGUCAUAAAUCCGCUAUUGUACACUCUGCUGCGACCAGAUUUUUAUGCCGCGCUGAAAGACCUGUUUAAAAGAGUACGAUUGUCUUUCUCUGCGAAUUGUGGAUCAUGCCAUCUAAGAAGAGAAGGGAGACAAAGAAAACAUAUUUUCCGCGGAGAUCAUGUGCGUUUUACAUUAUCUGAACACAUCCAAACAUCAAAUGAGCCUGAAGAAUAAACAGGAAAUAACAUGGAUAAACAUUGCAAUAUUCCGUAUUUCAAGUAUUGUGAAUAGCAACCAAUCAUCAACUUACAUUUUACUUUUCUCGUUAACCUUUGAAGCCCUACCUGGGGUAUCAACAGCUUUAUUCCUCAAUUUCCAACAGAACUCUGUCUAUUCCCUUUGCUUAAGUGCACUCCACUACAUGACUUAUAUGCAUAUCUUCUUACAUAAACUGUGUCUAACACAUUAAUUUUGAAGAUAAUUGGACAGAAUUGCGUUUAUCGGAUGGGAUUAGAGCACAUAAAAAGCACUUUUCAUCUUAAAGAAAACGAGCAGUGCAGCAGCUGUCACUUCCCCAUCGUAGCUUAAAUUUGUUGACAGGAAACGAUACAUGUAGUCUCGUCGGAAAACUCAACCAAUACAAUUUCGUUCGGAAACAAAGUUAAAACAGGGUAUUUUUUAAAGAGCUAGCCUGUAAAAGGGAGAAGUGGCCUAAAUUGACUAAAGAAGAAGGUGACAGAGGACAUGACGUUCGUCAAAAGAUUCAACAGCUAGGAGAUUUUUCUUUACGUGAUAUGUACAGGCAAAGAAAGCAUUCCAAAAGUUUGUUGUUUUUUUUACAGAAGUUUUUUAAAAAUGCUUGAAUGGUCCAGACUUAAAAAUCUAUAUUCCGCAGUAGUUCAAACGCGCCUUAUGCUAGAGGAAAAGUUUUAAAAAGCAAAAAACGACAACAGUUAUAAAUGUUUACCUUUUUACUUACAGUGAAUAGGGCAAUGGGGUUGGAAGAAAUGCACCGAUUGAUUAUUAAUAUUCCCCUAGCUUUAUUAAACGAGUUUGUCGAAGAGUUUCUAUAAGAUUAAAGGCAGUAAAUAUGAAACUGAAACGAUUUGACAGACUUACUUUUAAAAUGUCCUUGUGUGUCAAAGUGUUCUAAUAUUGGAGAUGUGAAUGAAUGCCUCUCGCAUUGAUGUCGCUGUAUGGGGUGUCGUCUUGAUUAAUCUAGCGACCUUAGCGACUUAGUCGUUACGAUUUCAGCCGUUUGAGACAAUCGUCUGAACGACGCUUCGAAAAUUGUUUCAAAUGAGAACAUGUAGAAAAUAAUGUGAAUAAAAGUGGCUUACCUCU